AGUGCGUAAUAUAAUAUAAUUAUGCAUGUUUUGUAUUUUCUCUGUGCAUUUCAAUACUUUUUAUGCAAUAUCAAUUAAAGAUAUUGUUCAGAAUAAAUAUUUAGAAAAAGAUAUAUUUAAUAUGCGCAGAUUGUAUUUGAAAAAACUUGUGAAUACAAAUAAGGUAAUAUUUAUAGAGCUUAUCUGAUAAAUCUUAUUCCGUACAAAUGUAUUUGUGAUAUUAGUUGACUAGAUAUGCGCUACGAAAAAAUAUUACAUAAAUUAGCGCGGUAUAGUAAUCAAACUUUUUCUCAAUCUAACCUAUUAAGCAUUGCAAAAUUUACACGUAGAAAGAUGUCAACAGAUCCAAAAGCUUUGGAAAAAUCUAAAUUUGCAUUAAAAGAUAUGUAUUUUGCUGGUGUUAAUGCAGUUUCACCUAAAACUCUUAUGCUAAAUAAAGUCAAAUUUAAAGAUGGAAUAUUAUACAUCGGAGACCAAAGUUUUGAACUUAAAGAAAAUGUUUAUUUAGUUGGUUUUGGCAAAGCUGUCAUGGGUAUGGCAGUAGUUCUUGAACAUAUGCUUGGCAGUUAUUUGAAGAGAGGUGUAGUUAGCGUUCCCUCUGCAUCGACAGACUCGAUGUGGAAAUCUGAAGACAAAUCAUAUUUUCCUUUAAUAGGAAGUGGCGUAGUAAAAUAUUACGAAGGUUCUGAACAUAAUCAGCCAGAUGAUAGAUCUCUAGAAACAACACAUGAGAUUAUAGACUUAGUCGAAUCUCUUACAGAAAAUGAUACUUUAAUUGUAUUGAUAUCCGGUGGUGGUUCUGCAUUGCUUUAUAUGCCGAGGCCAAUAAUUGAAUGUGAAGAUAAAUUAUAUGUUUGUAAAAUGCUUCAAGCAGCUGGAGCUGAUAUAAAGGAGCUUAAUAUAGUGAGAAGUAAAUUAUCUAUGGUGAAAGGUGGUGGUUUAGCUCGAAUGGCCUAUCCAGCUACAAUUAUCAGUUUAAUAUUAUCUGAUAUUGUAGAUGAUCCUAUAGAGUUAAUUGCUAGUGGUCCAACGGUAUACAAUAGUAAAAGUCCAAAAGAAGUAAUAGCUAUAUUGAAAAAAUAUAAUUUAUUUGAACGUGUAGAUGGUGAUGUGAAAAAACUUUUAACAUCUAAAGAAAAAUUUAAAGAUAAGAAAUUGCUAACUCGAAAGAAAAAACAAUUCAAGCAUGUAACUAAUAUUAUUUUGGGAAAUAAUACAGUGGCGAUUGAAGCAGCUUCAUUGCAAGCAUAUCAUCACAAGUUAACUCCAAUAAUAUUAAGGCCUGAUGUUGUAGGUAAUGUACAUGAUGUCAGUUUAGCAUAUGUUCAUAUAACAAGUUUGAUAUGUCUUGCAUUGGAUAAAGCUUUAGAAAAAGAAGAAUUUUUUGAAAAAGUAAAAGAUAUUCCUGUACUUUCUUUAUCUGCUGCUAAAGUGGAUGAAAUUUAUAACUUAAUUGAUAAUGUGAGUGAAGAAGGAAUAGUAUUGAUUGGAGGUGGUGAACCAACAGUAGUAGUUAGAGGAAAAGGGAAAGGUGGUAGAAAUCAAGAAUUAGCGCUACAUUUUUCAUUAGACUGGUUGGCAAAAAUUAAAGGUUACCCUCGUUUUUCGGAAUAUGAAAUAAUAAUGUUGAGCGCAGGAACAGAUGGACAAGAUGGUCCAACUGAUGCAGCAGGUGCAUUUGGCUAUCCUGCUAUUGGCCCACUGAUACAUGAUUUAUAUGCAAAAGUAAAGUCUAUAGCAUCAAAAGUAAUAAUUAAAGAGGAGGAAAAGAAAGAAGCUCUUAGAAAAAAACUGGAAGAGCAAGAACAACUUAACAUACAGCAGCAACGUAAAGAUCUAUGCAAAACGCAACAAUUAAGUGGGUUUAUAACAAAUAAAAAGAAAGAAAUAAUAAAAACAAUGGAAAAAGAAGUUAGGCCUAAUAAAGAAAUAGAUGAAAAUGAUGAGGAUAAUGUAGUUCCGUUUAUACUUCGAACAAUGGAAGUAGAACGCAUGUUGCCUGAAAAUACUUUAAAUGAGAAUGAUUCAUACAAUUUAUAUUCUCGAUUUAAGAGAGGUACAGAUUUAUUUAAAACUGGUUUUACUGGUACGAAUGUUAUGGACUUACACUUCAUUUACAUAAAAAAACGUAAAUGCGACUGUAAAAUAGAUUUUGGAAAAGAAUUUUUCCAAAAUACUUUAGAUGUACAUGACUUACAUAUUGAUACCUCAACUAUAGAAAGAUAUAAAAAUUUGUAUAAACGAGAACCUUUUCACUGGGAUAAAUUUUUGUCUAGACCAUCGGCUGUGGCCGACGAAAAGAUUGAACAACUUAAUAUAAAAAUUAUUGAUGCUAAUUUGACUGAUCCAUGUUGUCGCAAAGACAGAAAGUUCCCGCUUAAAAAUCUUUUGGAGGAUAAAGAUUUACCACUGUAACAUAUUUUGUAAAACAGGGAAAUUUUCUACACUAUAUUAAAAAUCCUAUAAAUUUAAA